CGGGCGGGCAGGCACUCACUCACUUGCUCACUCGGACUCCACACUCGAGGCUCUAAGUGACACCGACUUUGGCAGGUAGCAGCACUCCUCGUUCAUCAUGUCUAUUCGUCGAUCAUACCAAACAUCCGUCUACUCCUCGGGGUCGGCACCCCGAGCACAAAGCAUGUACAGCGGGAGUGUUGGCUCGGGCAACCGCAUCUCCUACUCGGUGGCCAACAGGGUCUCCUCUGGUCCUUCCUCCUAUAGCUCAGGAAACUUCAGCCUGUCCAGUGCCCUGGGAGGGGGCAGUGGAGGUGGCUACAGUUUUGGAAGUGGAAUGGGAGGAGGUAUGGGUGGGGGCUUCAGCAGUGUGGAGGUGGGUGGGGUGGCCAACCUGAACGAGAAAGCCACCAUGCAGAACCUGAAUGACCGUCUGGCCUCGUACCUGGAGAAGGUGCGCUCACUGGAGGCUGCUAACCACAAGCUGGAGGUGCAGAUCCGUGAGUUCUAUGACAAGCAGUCGCCCAUCGCUCAGCGGGACUACAGUGCCUACUGGAAGACCAUCCAGGACCUGAAGGACAAGAUCAAUGAUGCCACCCUGGACAAUGCCAGGACUCUGCUGCAGAUCGACAAUGCCAAGCUGGCAGCUGACGACUUCAGGACCAAGUUUGAACAUGAGCUCAUGAUGAGGCAGUCCGUGGAGAACGACAUUGCCAACCUGCGCCGACUGCUGGACCAGACCACCCUGACCAAAGCCGACCUGGAGAUGCAGAUCGAAAGCCUGCAGGAUGAACUGGCCUACCUGAAGAAGAACCACGAGGAGGAGGUGCAGGCGCUCCGCACUCAGCUGAGUGGAACGGUCAACGUAGAGGUGGACGCGGCCCCCCAGGAGGACCUGAACAAGUUACUGGAGGAGAUGAGAAUUCAGUACGAAGGGGUCACGGAAAAGAACCGCAGGGAUGCCGAAGCCUGGUACGCCACCAAGUCUGAAACGCUAAACAAAGAAGUGGCCAGCAGCACAGAAGCCAUUCAGACCAGCAAGACAGAAAUCAACGAGCUGCGGCGCACCGUCCAGGGGCUGGAAAUCGAGCUGCAGUCCCUCUUCAGCACGAAAGCAGCCCUGGAGAACACGCUGGCAGAAACAGAGGCCCGCUACGGCAACAUGCUGCUGGGCUUCCAGAACACCAUCCACGCACUAGAGGCAGAGUUGGCACAGGUGCGCCAGGACACCGAGCGCCAGUCCAGUGAGUACAAACUCCUGCUGGACAUCAAGACACGGCUGGAGCAGGAGAUUGCCACAUACCGCAGUCUUCUGGAAACAGAAGAGUCCAGAACAACAAAUUUGGGCAAAGAUGGUGGUACAGUCACAACUGUGACCACAACUCGUGUGACCAGUGGCAAGUAAGCGUGGAGGCACACGGCCCCUUCGGCAACGUGAGCACACAAGAGAUGACCCGGCCAACAGGCGAACAAGAAAGAAAGAAAGAAAGAAAGAGGGCCGAGAAGCCCACUGUGCUCAAAACUCAAUAAAGUCAAUAAAAGGGGACACCAUUCAAGCAGCA